CCAGUCCAAGCCAUUUCAAACCAGAUCUAACCCUCGACAAACCAACAAUACAUGAGUUGAUACCUUGCCCAGGAUGCCAUAAAUUACUCUUCCUUGAGGACGAGUAUCUUUCCAAAAGCCAAGCGUCGAGUUUCAUGCGAAUGCAGUGCCACACAACCUCAACUCUCUGCAAACAGCAUGAACGGUGCCGCCGGUGAGACGGCACCGAGCAAACAUGCCGCUGGUCCUGCCGGUCCAGGGCCAGCAGGCUCAACAGGCCCAUCGGGGCCCCCAUCAUCAGCAACAUCAGCCGGCCCUCGGCGACCUACUGGGCAAAUGCCCAACUUUGUCUCAGUCGCCAAAGCCUACAUGUUUCAACAGGAGAUCGAUCAGUGCCUGACUAUCACGGGUGUUAGUCCUGCUAGAGAGGAUAACCUCCGAUUAGCCGGUGUACAGUGGAUUGAGAAUGUGAGAAGGACGUUGAAAUUACCUGUCCGAACUUUCGAUACCGCUGUUGUCUACUACCAUAAAUUCAGACUUCAGCACUCCGAUAGCGAAUAUAAGUUGGUGGACGCGGCUGCUGCUGCUUUGUUCUCCGCCUGCAAGAUUGAAGAUACCCUCAAAAAGUCGCGCGACAUACUCUGUGCGGCUCACAACAUGAACGCAAAUCGACAUGAUCAGCUCUCGCCAGAUGAUCAGAUUUUCGAACCCCAAUCUCGCAUUAUCCUCGGCCUGGAACGGUUGAUGCUCGAAGCCUCGGGCUUUGAUUUCCGCAACCGACAUCCGCAACCAUUUCUGAUCAAACUUGCCAAAUUCUACAAUUACUCCAAAGCAUCGCUUGUGGUGAAAACCGCAUAUGCCAUAUCUCUCGACCUCUACCGAACCUUUGCUCCGUUGAAACAACAAACUGCCACCCUAGCCUUUGCAUGCCUGGAACUUGCCGGCCGACUUAGAAAAGAGGAGAAUGAGGUGAUAUGGCAAGGACGAGAUUAUGCGGAUUGGCAAGUGGAGCGAGGGAUGGUCAUGGAAACAAUGCUCGAUCUCCUCGAACUUUACACACACCACCGGAACCAAACCGCCAUCGGACCGGACUUUUCGGUCGACGCAUUUCUCGAGACGCGGAUCACCCUUAACAAGGAGUGUCAGGAGAAAAACUUACCGCGGUUCACUGCCUGGGUGGACGAAACGCACCUAGAUCAAUCGAAUCCGAAUUAUCUUGCCGGCUCCGGACCAGGGGUCGGCCACCAUUUGAGAGUUAAUGGCUCCUCUAGCAAUGGACAACAUCCAAGAGGUGGUGGUGCCGGCAGGACCAUCAGCCCCCGCGACGCCACGGGUAAGGAAGGUGGUAGUUCCAACAACAUAGCUCGCACCAAGGUCGGCGAGAGGGGUAAGGAAGGCACCAUAAGAUUCAUUCUUAACCCUGAUAGGGAAAUGGAGGAAAGGAGAAUCGUUGAGACAUACACGAGAGCUUGAGCUGCUGCCAAAAUAUCGGUUUGCACACACCGGUGCAUUCUCAUCCGAGUUUGAAUGCUCGCAUUCCAUCUUCCGCUCCUGCGCCCCCUCCAACUGUCGCCCUCCGCCUGAAUCGGUGCCAUAUCAGCGUCAUUGGUCAUUGUAUGUGGAUGUCUAAAGGUACACAAAGUACACAUCCUACGUGCAUAUCUGGUCGCGAGUGGCAUCAAUUGCACCUACGGUUUCGGCACAGCGAGGUCGCCUUUUGCUUGCUUUAUGUACAUGAUGAGACUGGGGUCGAACCACAGAACUCAGUCACGGAUGAUUGGCCUAAGUAAAGGGAUGAGACAUCGAGUAUCCAUCAUGGAAUAUCGAUGCGAUCGCUCCUCUCAAAAAUAGGAGACUUGAGCAAGGACAAAGUUUUCAAGACCCUGGCUCUUUAGCUAUAAUGAUAGCCUAGGAAUUGACCCAAGGCAGCUUCUUUGGGCUUCGGACAUGAAGCCUAUUUGAUGACGACGGGAUGACAGGACACUGGGAGAAUGGGCAUCAUUUAUGUACUUGCAUGCAUGUCUGUCUCUACGCAUUGGGAACAAGAAAAGCACAAACGCAGUUUCUUGUUAAUGUCACUUGUGAGACGUGAAAACAACCUGUGAAUCCAGGAAAAUAACGGAAUUACUGAGUAGCAUCUGUCGAUCGGGUCAUCUACCUGAUGUAUCCAAAGGACGGC